GGAAGGCUCCUCCUCACCGACGGAAGAAGCUCCACCAUCUACUGGUCCUCGAGCUCGCCGGCUUUGGUGGAACCCGAAGCGCGACUCCUGGAGAGCGGCAACUUCGUCGUCAUGGAGAACGGAAGCGACCCCAGCAGCUCAGCGGCGUGGCAGAGCUUCGACCACCCUACUGACACGCUCCUCCCAGGGAUGAAGCUUGGGUGGAACCUCAGCACCGGACUGAACCGCAACAUCACCUCGUGGGCGACCUCCGGCGAUCCGUCUCCGGGAGACUACGUGGCGGGCAUUGACGUGGCCGGCGUACCCCAGCUGUUGGUGUGGUCCGGGACUCAGCAGUUCUGGCGCGGCGGCCCGUGGAACGGCAUCGGCUUCAGCGGCAUCCCGGUGAUGAGGCAGGGCAACGCCCUAACUCUGCAUUACGAGUUCGCAUCAAACUCCGACGAGGCCGUCUACUGGUUCUACCUGGAAAGCUCCACCCUCUUGUCGAGGUUGGUCCUCAACGAAAGCGGCCUCCUCGAGCGAUUCUUCUGGUCCGACCCCGGAAACCUCUGGGUGCCCCUCGGCGUCGCGCCCGACACCAGCAGGAACCCGUGCGACAAGCGAGUGUCCUCCUGCGGCGCCAACGGCGUCUGCGGCCCCCGUGCGCCGACCUGCACGUGCCUCCAGGGGUUUCGCCCCAAGAAUCGACGAAGUUGGGACGACGGGUGCGAGAGAGAUCUCCCAACGGCCGGCUGCCGGAGCAGGACCGACACCUUUGUCACGGUGAACAACACCAAGCUGCCGGACACGUCAAAGGCGACGGCAAACCGGAGCAUGGCGAGUCUGGACAUGUGCAGGGACUGGUGCUUGAGGAACUGCUCCUGCACUGCUUAUGCCGCUUCCAACCUCAGCGGCAAUGGCAAUGGCUGCCUGAUCUGGACGUCGGACCUCUACGAUCUCACGCUGUACGACAACGAAGAAGCAGGACAGGAUCUCUACGUUCGACAAAUAGAAUCAAGACCUUUGAACGAAGUAAUUCUUGCGGCUUUUCUCCUUUCACUUUUGUCGUGCUGGAUUUGGAGAAGGAAGAAGAGAAGCCUGUAUUGUGAUGAGGAAGAGACAGAAGGAAAGGACUUGGAUUUGCCGUUAUUUGAAUUGAACACGAUUGCUGAAGCGACAGACAACUUCUGGAUGAACAAUAAGCUCGGCCAAGGGGGGUUUGGCCCUGUAUACAAGGGGAGACUGGUUGAAGGACAAGAAAUAGCUGUGAAAAGGCUAUCCAAAACAUCAUCGCAAGGCGUCGACGAGUUUAAGAAUGAGGUCAUGCUGAUUGCUAAGUUGCAACAUCGAAAUCUCGUUCGACUUCUUGGUUGUUGCAUUCAAGGAGGAGAAAGGAUCUUGGUCUAUGAGUACAUGCCCAAUGGAAGCUUGGAUCCUUUUCUAUUUGAUGACACUAAAAGCGUAUUGUUGGAUUGGACAAUGCGUCGAAACAUUAUACUUGGGAUUGCUCGAGGACUUCUUUACCUUCAUCAAGAUUCUAGACUUAGAAUCAUUCACAGAGACUUGAAAGCUAGUAAUGUUCUUCUUGAUAAAGAAAUGACACCCAAAAUAUCAGAUUUUGGUAUGGCGAGGAUUUUUAGCGGAGAAGAUACAGAAAGAAAUACGAGGAGAGUUGUUGGAACAUAUGGAUACAUGUCACCUGAAUAUGCAAUGGAUAGAAUCUUCUCAAUAAAGUCUGAUGUAUUUAGUUUUGGAGUUUUGUUACUUGAGAUCAUAACCGGUAGAAAGAAUCGAGGAGUUUAUCACUCUACCGUGCACUUAAAUCUUCUUAGCCAUAUAUGGAGUUUAUGGAAAGAAGGUAAAGUCAUGGAAUUAGUUACUCAAUCUAUUGAUCAUUCACUGUCGGGAACUGAGGUCCUUCGUUGCAUAAAAAUUGCUCUUUUAUGUGUUCAAGAGCGACCAGGAGAUAGACCGACGAUGCAUUCAAUAUUGAAAAUGUUGGACAAUGACAAUGCUCUUGAAAUAGAACCUAGUCAACCUGGAUUCGUCGACUUUAGAGGUCACCUUGAUCCGACUAAUUCAUCAAUAAGAGAACAAGAUUUGUCACUAAACUAUGUUUCUAUGACAAUGCCAGAAGGUCGAUAGCAUGAAAUUCAGUUUGGUAGUAUGAAAUGUAAAUGCUUUAGACUCUUCAUGUUGAGUAUUUGUGAAUUUUGUGGAUAAACUACGUUCCUACUUCUAAAUACUGAACAACCUUGGACUCUUAUGUUCUCUUUUACUGUCUUAUAUAUGUGGUUCUGAACAUGUGUCUGAAAUGUUUACAAUUGCAUUUUGGAAGACACUUGCUAAAUGAAAGGGUUCUCGAUUGAUAGAACAGU